UCUUAGUGAAUCUGUAAAGUUUUGUUCCCUCAAAGCAACACUAUCGGAUAUUGUCCAAAACAAAUAAAUCAUAAUUCAUGUUUCAUUCAGUUGAAAAUGUUUGUUUCAUAGGUGAUUAAAAAAAUCUGAUCACAAUUAAAGGAUAACUUGUUUGUGUAAAGUUUUCGAUUGUGGAUAAAAAAUCGUUUGGGUUAACUUUUAAUUGUAUUAUGUGAAUAUCAACUUGAAUCCUUAAAUUUGUUUUGUCGAAAUCGCAAUUAACCUAAUACAUCCAUUGACUUUCAUCAUCAGGAUCAAUUAUGAAGUUUAACUGGUAUAUCAUAAGAAUUGGUCUAAUGAUAAUAGUUUAUCUAAUCACCAAUUCAUCAGGUCUUCGAAUUACUAAAUUGGAGGUACCACAAUCAGUUCCUCUUGGAAAAUCAGUUACCCUUAGGUGUCAUUAUGAUCUAACAGGAGAUGAACUUUACUCAGUAAAAUGGUACAGAGAUUAUGUUGAAUUUUAUAGAUAUCUUCCGUCCGAUGAACAGAAAUCAGGUCAGACAUUCACCCUGAAAGGAGUCCAUGUAGAUUUAACACGUUCAUCAGCUAAACACGUUUUCUUAACCAAGACUGAGCUCACAUCGGAGGGACACUAUGCAUGUGAGGUGUCCACUGAAGGUCCAUCUUUCAGUACCGUUCGAGCCGAAAGACAAAUGAAAGUUUAUGUAUUACCUAAAGAAGGAUUAUCCAUUGAAGGUACUGAGCCAGUUUAUGGUAUGGAAAAUUUUAUCAAUCUUACCUGUAUAGCAAAUCCAUCUUAUCCAUCCCAGAUUUUAUCUUGGUAUAUAAAUGAACAAAAGGCCUUACCCCAUCAAUUGAUUCAUUAUGAACCUGAAAGAGACUCUACUGGUCUUGACGCUACUCGACUCGGACUUUACUUUGAGGCGGUCAGUAGUUAUUUUCUUCGAGGUUCACUUAAGCUGAGAUGCACUUCAACGAUAAUAUUGGUGUAUAGAUACGAGUCUUCGAUAACUUUAAGUGGUGGAACUCCAAAGAAUCGAACUUUCAAUGGACAUUAUACUUGGAAUGAAGAUCGCUUAUAUCAGCGUGAGCCUGAAAGUCCGAUUAUUGAAGGUGGUAAAGAUAAAUACAAAGUGGGUUCAUUAAUGGAUCUAAAUUGUACCACUCAAUCAGAGUCUCACCUUGAAUGGUUCAUUAAAAAUAAACCGGCCAAUGAAAGUCAACUUGUCCGUUACACAGAUCGAACUGGAAAACUAGUUAAACUUGGCCUUCGAUUUGAGAUGGAGAAGAGACAUUUUCAAAUGCAAGAAUUAAGAUUAAAGUGUAUGGCUCAAUAUAAUAUUCCUAUUGCAAAUCUAUCUAAAGCAUUGACCAUAAGAACUUACGAGAAGACAAAUGAUGGACUUAUGAUACAAUCGAGUAUCGAUAUCGCUAAUUGUGGUCUUUCCGUGUUUGCCAAAAGUUCAGUUUAUCCAAUCAUUUGGUCAUCGAUACAAAUUCUGAUCAGCUUUUGUCGCAAUUGGCCAUCAAUCGCAAUUAAAUAGUCAGUACCCGAUUGGAAGCUGAAUCUGACCCAUAAACCAAAAAGCUAAUCCAUAAAAUUGGAUAAUAUGAAAUUCAACCAAAUAAAACUGCUUGUGAAUCAGGAGCUAAGAUAAUUUCACAAAGUUUUGUGGGAAAUUUUGAUUAGUUCAAAUCGGAAUGAAAUCUAAUCAAAGUUUACUAAUCCGAAACCCAGACGACCAUGAUUAGCACAACAAAUAAUUUAUUUCUUACCAAUUAUGUAGAUAUAAAAGUUGAAAUCAUGAUUUAUUAGAUAAAAUUGAUCACAAACAUUA